AUGCUUGUAGCAGUUUUGGCUCGACGCUUAACUUCACAGACACGAAACGUCGCCGCCAUGGCUCUAAAUGAACAGCAAAGGAAAGAACUGCUUCAGCCAUUGUUCGACAAAGGAUGGGAUAAAGUGGAGGGCCGGGAUGCGAUUCGCAAGGAACUGAAGUUCAAGAAUUUCAAUGAGGCAUUCAGCUUCAUGACACGGAUAGCAAUGUAUGCCGAGAAAAUGGACCAUCAUCCGGAAUGGUUCAAUGUUUACAACAAAGUUUGUUUGUUUUUUCAUAGAUUUUACUAGUU